AUGGCGGUCCGCAACCUGUGUCUGUUCUGCCUGCUGACGCUCUUCUCUCUACCUGCGCCCUCUCUCGGAAUCAGUAUCCAAUCUGAUAUAAUUUCAAAAUGCAACAAUGCGACUGGCCCCGAUGAUAACUGCAGCAUUGUUGGUGAUGGUGAUUUCUAUGGGCUGGGGGUCAGAAUCGGCAUAUAUGCAUCAUGGUUCGCUUCUUGGGUCAGCAACAGCUUCGUUCGCGAUGCGAGGGAGAUCUGUCAGUCUCUCGACACAAACGCCAGCUUCCUGUUCGCCAUCGCAAUAGUCGUGGCCACGUACUCCUCGUCAGGCAAUAUCCGAGUCAUCGACGCGUUGAUCCUCUUGCUGCUGUCUUUCGGCUAUCUGCUUAGCGUGAUGAGCCUGUGGGGAUACAGGACUCUGCCCGAAAACCGCAAGCAUUUCGGCGGCUGGGGCACUCAUUUCCGCCUCAUGCUCAUGAAUGCCAUAUGUGCCUAUGGCAUCUGGUUCUGGAGUGUUGGUAUGACCGACAAGCUUCCUAAAUGCAAUACGAGAGAACAAUGUGGCGGGCUGAAGCUGUGGAUUCUCGUUGAAGUCCCCGUCGCCGGUACCGGCAUCCAAAAUCUGUUCCUGACCUUUUCCUGCGUCAUUGGUGCCUUCUACUUCACCAUGUUUUUUGCAGCCUGUUUGGCUCUCAUCAAACUCCUGCGGGAAAUGAUCGAAAACGAUUGGAAAGGCUGGCGUGUGCCGUUCAGCUGGAGAUUGCGAGAGAAGAUCGCAAAGGCAGAACCUUGGCCUCUGAAUCUGCCAAGGGGAGUUAGGUGGUCAAUUACGAUUUCCACCUUUGUAUGGCUUGUCUUUGCCAUUGUGUCGGUAGAGAUGACCCUUCAAAUCAACCACGUUACCGGUGAGCGCGUGCAGACAUUCAUCGCCACUGCCGGACAAUUCAUCCCGCUUGUCAUAGGCGGGUGCACACUUCUCCGAGUCCUUUGGAAGGUUGGCCUCCUGGGAUUACCUUUCAAGUUGCUUAUGGUGUUUCUGUUCCCGGACGUGAAACCAGAAGGUUCGGACACUACCUCUACUAGUAGCCAUGAGACGACAUUUUCGGAGCCGGAUGAGCAAAAAUGGUGGUGGAGAGCCAUCACCACGUUCCUGCCGUGGCUUUGUGUUUUCAAGUAUUGGAGACAUGCUCGCCGAAGACAUCCGACGAGAAGAAAGCACCAUGAAUCGGCUGCUGGAAGCCACACCUCCUCGAGCUACACAUCGGCAUUGUCGAAUUGA